CAGAAGUCAACGCGGUACACUUACGCGUUCUCCUCGGAGAAGAGAACGGAACAGCGGCAUUCAUUUGCAUCUUUUAGAAUUUUCUUUUUUUCUAAAAACAUUUCACGCCAGGAUUAACCUCUGUUUCCGGAUUACGGACUAGCAUUUGGGGGGAAAUCAUGAGUUUGGACCCAACUUUUGUAUCAUGUCUCCUGUUUAGAAACGUUCUGAGGAAAUAAAUGGCGCAGCGCAAGAGAGCAGCACGGAUAAAGAAUACUGUUAUGUUGCAUGGGAUUUGUUUUUAGUCACUGCCGGAGGAUUUGUUCUUCUAGACUUUAUCGGGGAAAAGGCGAGGAUUCUGUGUUGAUGAGUGAAAAAAAAACCAAAACAUCUGGAUUACAAAUUCAGAACUUUUUGGAGGAAGAAAAUGUGGAGUGAAAACGGCGUGUAGAAGGAUGCUGUACAAUGGAAGUGAAGAACUCUUUAGCUUUCUUUGCGGUGACUUGUCUCUUUUUGUGCUCCACUUUCAGCCAAGAACUCAACCCCAAAGGCAGGAAUGUAUGCAAAGUACCGGGGUCACCGGGACUGGCGUGCUGCGGCGGAUGGAGCCAGCUAGGAGACGAAUGCCUGACGUCUCUCUGUGAAGGCAACUUCACAUGCAAGGAAAAUGAGGUGUGUGUCAGGCCAAAUGAAUGUCGCUGCCGUCACGGGUACUUUGGAGCGAGCUGUGACACCAAGUGUCCCGGCCAGUUCUGGGGUCCCGACUGUAAAGGGAAAUGUCUUUGUUACCCUAAUGGCCAGUGUGAUGACCUGACCGGCCAGUGUACCUGCAACCACAACCGCUGGGGACCAAACUGUGAGAAUGCAUGUCUGUGCCAAAAAGGCCAGUGUGACCAAGAAACGGGCAAAUGCACAUGUCACCCCGGCGUCUGGGGUCCUCAGUGUAACAACAAGUGCUACUGCAGCGUCAACUCCGUCUGUGACCCCAUGACGGGCCGAUGCCAGUGCCGGUCUGGGUGGAUGGGGAGAAACUGCGCUGUGCAGUGCAACUGUAACAACUCGCCAUGUGAACAGUUCACGGGACGCUGCCAGUGUCCUGAGAUGCUGUGGGGCCAGCGGUGCGAGCGGUACUGCCAGUGUUUCCACGGCAAAUGCAACCAAGCUGAUGGCUCUUGUAAGUGCACUCCGGGCUACCGUGGGAAGUUCUGCAGAGAGCCGUGUCCGGCUGGAUUCUACGGACAGAACUGCAGGAACAGAUGUGGACACUGUAAAGGACAGCAGCCUUGUAAAGUCACAGAGGGACGCUGCAUCACCUGCGAUCGAGGCUGGAACGGGAUGCGGUGUGAUCAGCUUUGCUCCAAGGGCUUUUUUGGCGAGAACUGUCAGGAAGUUUGCCCCACCUGUAAGGAUGGUCACCACUGUGACCCCAUUGACGGAAAGUGCUCACAGUGCAACCCUGGCUGGAUUGGGGACAGGUGUGAGGUUCGCUGCCCCAACGGCACUUACGGCGAGAAUUGUGAAAACAACUGCAGCCACUGUUAUAAUGGCAUCUGUCACAUGGUCACCGGAGAGUGCCUGUGUCACCCAGGGUUCUACGGCACCUACUGCAACAUGACCUGUCAGCCGGGCCAGUACGGAGUAAACUGCAAUCAAACCUGCCAUUGCCACGACAAGGGCUGUGAUCCCAUUUCUGGAGCCUGCUAUCUUCAGGCUAACCAGAGGAUGGGAGUGAUUGCAGCUGGAACCCUGGUCUUCUUCUUACCGAUUGUCCUGCUCUCCCUGUUGUUCUGCUGCUGCUUGUGUCGCCACAAGGACGACCACAACAAAAAAGCCAAGCGGAUCCUGUGUGGACGAUUUAGCCGAAUCAGCACAAAACUUCCCCGUAUUCCACUGAGACGACAGAAACUGCCAAAAGUAGUUGUAGCCCACCACGACCCCGAGAACACCUUUAACUGCAGCUUCAUUGAGCCCCCCUCAGUGGCCGAGCAGCCCUCCCCUUCCUCCUGGUCGUCCCAGGAGUCCAUCUCUUCCUUUGAGAGCGGAGACGAGGGACUGGUUUACUGUCUGCCCCACGAAGAAUCUGUGAAUGACAGCAAAGAGAAGCGCAGCCCCAGUCCAGCAACUGACCAGCCAGAAGCCCCCACCGAUGAAGAUGCAGGAGAGUAUACCUCUCUGAAAGACACAAGUGUCACAAAGGUGGAUGGCAGUGAACAGCCCCUGAUCAAGUCCUCUGACAGUGAAGGGUCCAUCACAGGCUUGGAGUCCGCAACCGCAGCUCUGUAUGCUCGCAUAGCGCGCCUCUCGAAGCAGUCCAAAGAGGACGAUGGGAGUGGCAAGGAUGGAGCUGGAACUCCUAUAGUGGAGGUCAAGCGCAAUGGAAAACCACCGCCUUCACCUGGUAAGCCUAAACCAAGGCCCCCUGACCCAUCAACCAAGCCUAAAAUUUCAUGGAUACAUGGAAACACCCGAAGUUCUGCACAGACAGAGCAACAGGGGAAGGGCAGCAUAAAGUCACUGGCAGUACCAAAGGAGAAAAAGAGGAGCUCGAGCGAUUGCUCAGCCAAGAGUGAGGAGCGACAGAAAAUAAAGAAGAAUUGUGAACAGCAGAAGAAACAGGAAGAGGAGGCGGAUGCCAAUGAAUGUAUCAGAAAAUAUAAACCUCUGCAAGGUAAGAUGUCUGGGGAUGAGCACAGCAGUCCCAGUCACAUGGAGCACAUUAAUGGUGUUGUCCAGAAUGCCUUGAAGAUGAUCAGUAGCUUUCAUAGUUCCUCUUCUGAGAAGAAAAGCUCAAAUGACAUUCCAAAAGAGAACCCUAAGGAGCCACCCAAGAGCCCUAGGGUGAUGCACCCACAUAUGAACUCUGAAGCUGCCACGCUGCUAGCUGCUCAGCUUAAAGAGAAAACCCAAAGCAUCAACCGGAAUGAAGGAACAGGCUUAACAAAGACCAAUGGCUUUUCUACACCCAAGGGGACAAGAGAGAAGCCAACACCUCCACAGAAAACCAAGAGGAACCCAUCAAGUGGAUUAAACCAGCAGGGUUCCAUCAAGCCACUGUUGCCCACCACAAACAGCCUCCAUAAGAUGGUGAUGCCUGUCAGCAGCGACCUAGGGCCCCCUAAAGCUAAGAGCCCGGAAAAGCAGGACUUGAACGGCUCGAAGUUUGGGGACCCGGCACGGGAUCACACGCCAAAGAGAACUCCAAUAAAAAAGCCGCCCAGGAAGAAGGGCAAGGAGGGAACUUUGGAAACCCCUGACAGUAAAACACCCCAGCAAAAAACAGCCAUCAUGCCACCACAAGUUGUGAAAUAAUUGCUCAUGAAACCCAAACAUAGGAAAGAUUUAUGAAGGGUUUCAACCCAGCUUAGUUGGAUUUCUUGGAAAGUAGACUGCACCGUUUUUAUGACAAAGAAUUGAAACCCUUUCUGACGUGACUAUGCUGUGACUUCAGGGCCAAUGAAAACAGACAGAGUCUUUUUUUUUAAUCAGCCUUUUCAUGACCUCUAUACACCAUUUUAUUUUACUUCAAGAAUCUGUUUUUAUAUAUAACUGUGUAUCAAACUCACAUCACAACCUGUGGCUAAGCUGGACACAACUGUGAAAACAGUGCGAUGUGGAUAUUUUUCAUACUUUUCAUUUUUUAUCACUAUACAAAAAGACAACAACUAUAUUUUAAUCUAAUUUCAACUGACCAAUUUAGAAAUAUUUUCAUUCUAUGCAGAUGAGAGUCUUUUUUAAACAUUUCCAGUUAUGAGUAACGCCUUUGUCUCUCAUCCUCAUAAAUCCUUCUGUUAUUGUCAACCUACUUGUUGUCGACAUAAAUGAUGAUUGGCUUUUUAAAGAAAUCUUACCAAAGAUUUUUCACUGUUUAAAUAGAUUGGAAAUAGUCCGUACUACAAAGCUAUGCUACAUCCUUGCUACUUAAGCUCUUUCAGGGAUUCUCCAUAAAGAACAAACCAUUUUUGAUUUAUUUAGUUUAACUGACACUCAUUUUAAACAUGCUGUUGGAUGUUGUGCAGAAAGACCAUUUUAACUUCAUCUAUACUUUUGCCUUUUUAGUGUGUUUUACUCGCUCAUCAAAACCACUAACCCAAAAUUAUAACCGAUGUAUCUCGUGUACUCAAUUAAUGUCAUGCUAAUAAAUCACUGAAGUAAAAAAAACAAGUAUUUAAUUACAGCCAAAUCAGCACUUCCUCUCUGCUGCAAACAAAUUGAGCCUAUUUAGCCUUGUGCUAUUUAGUCGGGUCAGAUGACAACGUGUUCACCUGACCUUACAAAGGAAAAUUAGUUUCAUGUUUACAGUAUUUCAUGGGAAUGAAGCCUAAGCCUUAUGCAGAUGAUACCACGUAUGGCUUGUAUUUCUUCUAAUGUUUAGAGAGUUUAAAGUAUUUCUCAAACACAUCAUUUGUCUAAACUGUUUACUAUGCUUUUGCCAUGAUGUGUUUGAACUGGGCUUAUUCCAUGCACAUGAAAUAUGCAGAUAGAACAUGAAAAAUAACAGAUAUUUGAAAAAAUAAAAUGCCCUAAUUAUGUAUUAUCUUAUCAAAAAUACUGCUCUUGGUAUUUUGUAUGUACUAUAUUGGUUAAAGCACAUGCAAAAGAUACACAGAAUACCAAGUAGUUCAGGUUCAUGUUGCAGUUUGACUGUGGAUUAUAGUCAGGUGUGGAUUAUAAUUUUCACUAAACAGAUAUUUAGCUUCAGUUUGUACACACUGCAACUUUUAUCUCCAUGAAAUACUGUAUGUCGAUCAUUUGUAAAAAAAAAAAACAUAAGCAGACGUCCAUAUAAAUUUGGUGCACACUUCCGCAGACACAUGGACGGUAAAAUAAAUACAGUUUCACACAGUUAUUCAAUGCUACUUUAUAAACAUAUUUUAAACUAGACGGCUUUGUCUAUUUCCAAAACUUAGCUUUUGGUCAGUCUGUUAAAAUGCAAUCGAACCACGACGAUCUUCUAUAAGUGGUUCAUUAUACGCUUUCUACUUGGGAACCAAUUCCAACAAAAUAUGCUCAACGUCAGUCAACCUCAAUAUCUUUAAUUCUCCCAAUACAGUAACUGUCCUGUUACAGUAAGCUAGUAAAUCAAUGCAGCAGUUCCACCGUGCUUUGAAACUCAAUGUUAAUUAUGGACCAUCAUUAGGACUAAAUGGUACUGUGUCAUGGCCAGUGACAGGUCCCUCAUCUGUAGAUUAGUUUAGGUUCCUGAGUUUGUCUAAAUGUUGUUUUUUUUAGUCUUGAUAAACUAAAAUGCUAAGCUAUUUCUGAGCUAAUACAGUUAACGUGGACUAUGCAGGAAUAACCCAAAUUCACAACUAAUUUAACCUUUUUUUUUGUAUUUUUAUUGAGGUACACAACACUUUCUUUCCCCCACUUUUCUACAUGUAUACAUUGUGUACUUAUUAUUAUCCUUGUAAGCUGUGCUUAUAUGACUCUCGGUCUGUUUCUUUGUUGAUGAUGAACUGGCUUUCAUGUUGUAGUUGCCUUGUCUUUUGGUUUGCCCCAUACGUUGGGCUCUAUAGCAAACCCAGUGUAUGAGUACACCCCCCCACCCCCUAUAAAGUUUACAGUGGCUUUGUAAUUAUUAUCUGUUGAUUUGUAUUGAAACAUUUACUUCAUGACACAGUGUGUAAUUAUAUGGCAAUAACGGCUGCAGGGAAGUGCGUCUUGACCAAUUUCCUUCAGAUGUUAUCAUUUACAUGACAUAGGAAAAAAAACCCAAAAGGAUUGUACAAUACUACUACAAUACUCUGACACCUCUGUGCAAGUCUUUACCUAUGCAGUACAUAAUACAAUAGCAUUGAAUAGUUACAGUAUGAUGUGUCAAGCACUUUUAUCUGACUGACUCAUGCCUGUUGUUAAAGUCUUUCAGUGCAUGUUUUUCUGUGUGCCCUUAAGAAUGACAAAACAUACUGUAUGGUAUUUUGUAAUUUUUUUGUGAUUUUACGUUGGCAUCUUGAGUUUUCAUUUUAGGAAUAAAAAAGCAAUACAUGUAAUUAUCUGUCAAAUGUGACACCAAAUUUAAUAGACAUGUUCAUUCUUAAAGAAACCUGAGGACUUUUGAUUUUGUUUGUUCAGGACUUGGUGGAAUGUGACACCCACAAGAGCUCCUUUCAUUGGAAGAAAUGUAUUCCUGCGUGCACACGUGUCCCUUUUCUGGUGGGAAGAAGACGGAUAUGUUCACUGGACCAUUUGGAGCUGAAGUUGGAUGAAUGGUUGGUGUAAUAAUGGCUGUAUAUUUUCAUUGCGUAAUUGAGGGGAAAAUAGAUAAAGACGCGUUGUUGUGGAUUUCGCUCUUUCUUCCUGAUGAUCUAUGUGUGAUUAGUCGGUGCAUACAACUAUGAUGAGUGACAUUUAAGUUUGGUUUUGGCUAAGUAUUUAAAUGUUAAAAUCUUCUCUUGUUUUUUGGUUUGGUUUUUUUUUUUGCGAAGUUGAUGACAUUGUAAAAACUGCUCAAAAGAAAGUGAGUUUGACAGAUAUAUACCAGUACCAGGAAUGUUUUA